UGUAGCUGCCCAGCCCCGUUCGCCCGUGACUCAUCCAUCAUAGGCAACCGGCUCGACGGUCCUUUCUCUUUCUGCCGCUUGGAUCGUCAGGGCCCUUGGAAGGGAACCGUUGGCGUCAGGAACAUCGGCCCACUCAGUCUUCAUGCCAUGAUUUCGAAGUAAGGUCCGGUGGGUACCCCGUUCUCCCGGAAGACGCGAUGGCUCCCAGGAAACGCCCAGACGCCCCGAAGACCCCCGAAGUGGCCGCGCGCCUCCGGGGCAAGCGGAGCCGAAGCCCUCCGGAGCUGGAGCCGGAGAACAAGCAGUUGUCGGUGCAGAGCGCCGACCCCGAUGGAAGGUCUGACUCAGGCUGUUUGGGAACAGGAGCGGCCAACCCGAAGGCCCAGUUCCUCCACUGUAGCAUCGUCAGAGCCCUCCAACGGCAGAAGCUGGGCAAAGCUGCCUGCCCAACGCUGCCGCAGAGUCUCCAGUGGUGGUUCUUAGACACUCUGCCUACAUACCGGAUAUCCCAAAAGGCCAUCCCCUUUGACAGGAGGGCCACCUCCAUGGCCUGGCACCCCACUCACCCCAGCACCCUGGCUGUGGGCUCCAAAGGGGGCGAUAUCUUGCUCUGGAACUUCAGAUCCACGGACACACCCACGUUCAUUAAAGGGAUUGGAGCUGGAGGGGUCAUCACUGGGCUGAAGUUUAACCCUCUCAACACCAACCAAUUCUUCACCUCCUCAAUGGAGGGAACCACUAGGCUACAAGACUUUAAAGGCACUACUCUCCGAAUUUUGGCCAGCUCAAACAACUGCAAUGUCUGGUUCUGCAGCCUGGAUGUGUCUGCCAGCAGCCGGAUGGUGGUCACGGGAGACAAUGCGGGGCAGGUAAUCCUGCUGAACAUGGACGGCCAGGAGCUAUGGAAUCUCAGGCUGCACAAAAAGAAAGUGACCCACGUGGCCCUGAACCCACUUUGUGAUUGGCUCCUGGCCACAGCCUCCGUCGAUCAGUCAGUGAAAAUCUGGGACCUGCGCCAGGUUAAAGGGAACUCCAGCUUUCUGUCCUCACUGCCACACAAGCAUCCUGUCAAUGCAGCUUGUUUCAGUCCUGACGGAAACCGGCUCCUGACCACUGACCAGAACAGCGAGAUCCGAGUUUAUUCCACCACCCGGUGGGACAGGGCCCUGUGCGUGAUCCCACACCCCCACCGCCAAUUCCAGCACCUCACCCCCAUCCAGGCAGCCUGGCACACUCGGCACAACCUCAUUGCCGUGGGCCGGUACCCAGACCCCAAUUUCAAAAGUUAUUCUCCCUACGAAUUACGGACGGUUGAUGUGUUAGACGGCAGCUCAGGGAAGCUGAUGUGUCAGCUCUACGACCAAGGAUAUUCCGGCAUCAUUUCGCGCAAUGAGUUCAGUCCCAUGGGAGACACGCUGGCUUCUAUGAUGGGUUACCACAUUCUCAUUUGGAGCCAGGUGGAAGCUGGGACACAAAAGCAAGAGAAACCUGCAAACAAGCGUGCCAGGCAAGGGCUCCGAUCAUCGACCGGGAAUGCGUCCGAGAAGAGGCGGCUGUCUCUCAAGGGGCUGAAAGUAUACAAGUCUUAGGUUGGAGCAGGAGCACUGUGCGUCUGGCAUGCUUCUGCUUUAGUUCUGGAAGCUUCUGUAGAGCUGGAGGGGCCAGCUGCACCAGGGACCCAUGCCACUUCUGUCUCGGAGCCCAGCUUCUCUCCCAUGUGCAGAGGCAGGCGACGGGGCGUGUUUCUAUUGUUUGUUCUCGCUGUUGACAUGGCCAAUAAAACAUUUUAUCCAAGGAA